UGAAUAUUGAACCUUUUUCUCCUAAAAAUAUCCAAGCAAAACAUAUUUGUAAUUCACUACAUUAUCCGAUUAACUUUCUAUAGUCCCCCUCUGUAACCUCACCCAAAUUGUUGUAUUUCCGUCGAUGAUACACAUUCCGGCAACAAACAACGACACUGUUACAGUAGCAAUGAAGUCAAUAACGCCACUGUUCUCAGUUUCCAGUGCCAAAUCUCCAAUUUUCAACUUCACUCCUAUUUCCCAUACACUUACUUCUCUCAAAUUUGCUGCCCUUCAUCAACGAAAUUCACCCACUAUGAAACCCUAUUCAAAAUCAGUUAAAAUAGUGUCUGCAACUCAUACAUUGGAUCCCAUAACUACCCCUACAUCUACUGCCACGUCCACUCCACCCAAAAAGGUUCUUGUGCCAAUUGGAUUUGGCACAGAAGAAAUGGAAGCUGUGAUAUUGGCUGAUGUUCUGCGCCGGGCUGGUGCAGAGGUAACAGUGGCGUCAGUAGAGCAGCAGUUGGAGAUUGAAGCAUCUGGAGGCACUAGGCUAGUUGCUGAUGUUUUCAUCUCUGUUUGUUCCACUGAAACAUUUGAUCUUGUUGCAUUGCCGGGAGGAAUGCCAGGUUCUGCUCGUUUAAGAGACUGUGAAGUUCUCCAAAAGAUCACAAGCAGGCAAGCUGAGCAGAAGCGACUUUAUGGUGCCAUAUGUGCUGCUCCAGCAGUCACUCUUUUGCCUUGGGGUCUUCUCAAGAGGAAACAGAUCACUUGUCAUCCUGCAUUUAUAGACAAAAUUUCUUCCUUCCGGGCUGUGAAAACUAACACACAAGUCUCUGGAGAGCUAACAACAAGCCGUGGUCCUGGCACUUCAUUUGAGUUUGCCGUAUGUUUAGUGGAGCAGCUGUUUGGUGAGCCUGUUGCCAGAGAAAUUGGAGAACUAUUGUUAAUGAAACCUGCAGAUGAUGACCCAAAGAGACAAGAAUUCAAUGAAGUUGGAUGGUCUCUUGAUCACACCCCCCAAGUUCUCAUUCCAAUAGCGAACGGGUCUGAAGAUAUUGAAGUUGUUACCUUGAUAGACGUUCUAAGACGAGCAAAGGUGAAUGUUGUGGUGGCUUCAGUAGAAAAAUCAGCACAGGUCUUGGCAUCAAGUGGAACAAAAAUUGUUGCAGACAAGUUGAUCAAUGCUAUUUCUGACUCCAUAUAUGACUUGAUUAUCCUCCCGGGAGGAACUACUGGGGCUGAACGGCUGCACAAGUCAAAAAUUCUGAAGAAGUUGCUUAAGGAACAAGAGUCAGCUGGAAGAAUAUUUGGUGCAAUCUGCUCUUCACCUGCAGUCUUGCAGAAACAGGGGUUAAUAAAGGACAAGAAAGCCACUGCACAUCCCGAUGUCUUAGACAAGCUGAAAGACGGGGUAAAUGACGCUCAAGUAGUUAUUGAUGGUAAACUCAUCACAAGCCAGGGACUUGCUACAGCAACGCAGUUUGCAUUGGCUAUUGUGAGCAAGCUUUUCGGGCAUGCAAGGGCAAGGAGUGUAGCAGAAGGCCUUGUCUAUCAGUACCCUAGGAGCUAGAAUUACCAUGGUCCUCAAACUUCAGAGUGCCGAGUAUGUUAAUGGGCAGCUCAAAUUGAUGGACUACAUACUUCACUGGCCAUUACAAGAAAAACAAGUUUCUGGUCCUUGAUGAGUUGGUAACUGAUAUAACAAGCUUGAGAGUGAGCUUUUCCUAAGUCUGUCAAAGGUACUUAAUUCAUUUCAAUGCAGUAGCCAAGUCAGUGCUUAUCUGCAAUCAGGACAAACUGGGUGGAGAUCUCACAGCAAGAUGGUUUAUACGUUCACUUUAAUCUUUUCCCCGAUUCUUGAGAAGAUUUGUCCAAACCAGAGUUCUACUAGAUCUUUACCUGGAAUUAGGGCAUUUACUAUCACUCUGCCAGGAUGCAUUGGACAGAGUGAAGAUAAGUAUAACGAGGUGAUGGGCGAAUAUUCCUUCUCCUCAUCUUUGUGUCAUCCGGACACCCACAAGUUUCUUUUCUUACUGUAGGUUUGGCCUCCAGAAUUCAUGUUUUUGUGCCAUUUAGAGCAUAGAUAAAGAAAGAGAAGAGAUACUGCUGUACACUAGAUAAUAGAUUCUAUUGUUGAUUUGGAUGAUCAUUUCUUUGCUGAAUCCACGUCCAGGAGUACUUGUUCAGUUU